UGCACCUAUAACAUCAUACCUAACCACCACCAACCGCAUCCUCUGGCACCAUUCCCUAUCCGCGCGUCGAGCAUAAUCUCAAUGCUGCGCUCCAAAGUUAAAGGCGGAUGGAUGAGCAGGAUGUGUGGGGAGGAGUAUGAUGCGCAGAGGUGUACGAAGGCUAUUGGGGAGUAUCAGAGUUUGGAGAAGAGGGCCGUUCUAUGUCUCAACCUCCUGAACCUCGUACAAACGUUCACCAUCACCUCCGGUCUUCUGAUUAGUUCCUUGAUCGUCGCGUCGUACAUCACGAGGGGACAGAGUGAUGCUAGCGAUUCCGAGGUGUUUAUCACCUAUUAUGCGCAGACAACGUAUCCUUCUCCCACGACUACCAAACUUCUGCACUGCACAACAUCUCCUUCAAAGUCCCCCGCGGCGGAUGCGUUGCCCUCGUCGGCGAAAGCGGAUCAGGAAAAAUGCCCACGGGUACGGGUGCGGGUAUGGCCUUUGAUAACCGGAGGUUUACCCGUGCAGUUGCCUACCUUCCACUCCUUCGUUCUCUUCUCAUCCAUCUCCUUUCAUCAUUCUGAACCUUUCUUCCUCGUCUAUUUCUUGCCUUCUUCCACUCCUUCUCUCAUUCUGGUACCUUCGGGUGUCGUUCGCAUAUGUUCAAGCCACCACUGGCGGUUGUUGGAAUCGCGUGGGGGAGUAGAUGGUGGUCUGGAUGGUGCUGGCGGUGUUGAUGCUUGCAUGUUCAUGGGUAUACCCUUCACAGGGAGGAGGAAGUUCGCGUUCCAAGCUGUUCAGGGUCGGAGGGUGGGAUCAGGACGGACAGUCGCUAGCUGCACGGAGUCUGUUGAUUUUCACUGGCACUUGCUAGGCGAUCCAACGAUGGACGGUGGAUAUGCUGAGCGUACUGAGUCUGACAGAGACAAGAGUGACGGCGAAGAUGACAAGACCGAUGGAUCUGCUGAAGAGGAGACAGUGCAAGACGAAAAUAUCAUCGCUGCGCAGUCUUCGCUCCUUCCAGGCGCCUCAAUCUUCCGUCUUCACUGCGGUUCCCUUCCUGCACCAAACCGUCUUGUCUCUCUAUGCGGGUUCUCCGUUUUUCUUUCCUCAGAAUCCAAGAAACCUGCUCCGCCGUCCUCUAUUUUCAUUUGUACGUCUGUGGCAUGCCGUGGUCUCGACCUACCUCUGGUUCGUGCACUCAAGUACGACCUGCCGAUUGAAUGCGGCGCGGCUACCUACGUGCACAGAGUGGGACACACAUCAUAUGCAGGAAAGGGCGGUAAAGCUUGGAGUAUCGUUGCACACAGCGAAUAA